AUGCCGGGUGCCGGGUGCCGGGGAUGCCGGGGGAUUUCAAGAAAGCACAAGGUGCCAAGACACCCCUGUGCUGCUCUCCAGCCGUUUGUGACUGCAACCCUGACUGCUCUGUUUGUGUUGCAGCUGGCGGGACUGGCUGUCAUUGCCUUUGGGCUCUGGCUGCGGUUUGGUGGCCCCAUGGCGGAGUUUGCUACAGACAAAAAGUCCCCGGAACUUUUCUUCAUGGGACUCUAUGUACUGGUGGGAGCAGGGGCCAUCAUGUCAGCAGUUGGAUUUUUCGGGUGCUGUGGAGCAGCACGGGAGUCCCAGUGCUUAAUUGGAACAUUCUUUGCUUGCCUGUUGGUGAUAUUUGCAGGUGAGGUCACUGCUGGAGUAUUUGCCUUCAUAGGCAGGAAAGUGGCAAUACAGGAAGCCCAGAAAAUCUACGAAGAUGCUUAUGAGGACUACAUGAAAAACCCAGUGGGGAAGGUCAACAGUACCAUCUAUCGCUACCAUGUGGCUCUCCAGUGCUGUGGUAAAGGUAAUGUGGAGCAAACAGGAUUACCCUGUCCAGAGAACAUCCAGCUGCCAAAGAACUGCCUGGUUGAAAUUCAGAAUGUAAUUGAUACUCAUCUGCACUUAGUUGGAAUUGUUGGAAUUGCAAUUGCUAGCAUCACAAUCUUUGGCAUGAUAUUCAGCAUGGUUCUGUGCUGUACGAUCCGUAACAUGAGAGAAAUGAUCUAAAACUGUCACUGCACAACUGUGCCCCAGGAGUUCCAGACUAAGCUUACAAGAAGUGCUCUUCUACCCAAUUAUUUAAUAAUUGUAAUGCAUUUUAAUCAGUGUUUUAACAUACUGAGAGGAAAAUAUCCCAUUAGGUGAUCAGGUGAAUUGUAUUAGUUACAAUUAGUUACAGUAAAGCUGAAGUGAAAACAAAAAGGGGGUUAAAAUGUCCUUUUUAAUGGAAAAAAAAAAAAAAAAAAGCACAGGUGCAUCUAAGACUAAUUUGAAUUUUAAUGUUUGUAUAUGUGCAGUUAAGAGUUUACACAUGUAUAGAUUUUGUGUAAGCACAUGCAUCUCUCUCCUUACAAACACAUCUGGAUGUGAGCAGGUCCCUGGAUGUGCAGUACCUGUCUAGGUAAAUACCUGCAGAUGGAACACGCUGGGUGUGCAUCCAGAGUGUCCCCAUGUGCACAUCCCACAGGGACACAGAGCUCAGAACCCUCUCACACGGAGUCCAUUUGCCAAGAAUUAGCAGAGGGACAUAUGCCAUUGUAAAAAGUAAGACCUAUGAUCCAUUUUGUGACUUUAUUUUCCAAAACCCAGAGUAGAACUAAUAAUAUUAGACUUUAUUUUAAAAAAUAAUUAAUGCCUAAGGGCCUGCUCCAGCAAACAUGAAUUCAUGUGAGCAGACCCACUGACUUCACUGUCAUGCAGAGACUGGGUAUUUCUUUUUUGUAGGACUGGACCCUUCAUGCAAAUGCAGAAAGCUCUGGGGGAGAAAACACGUCCAAGGAGAUCCAGGCUAAAGGAAGAGGGGGAAAGAGGUGGGAAGCUGGCAAGACCAGGCAGUCAUUUGGGACCAACUGCAGUGGAAAGUGUGCUUAAGCUUCCCAAGCUAGGCUGAGAUACACCAAAAACCCCAACUGUGAGUUCAAGGGGCCACUAAAAUCCACAUUCAGCAGCCCUUUUGUCCCAAAAGCCUCACUGUGGCUACAAACUGGUGCAGGAGUGGAGCCUAGGUCCAGAAAAGCAGCCCCUUUGCCAGAUCUCUGGAGAAUCUAACUGGCCUGUGGAAGCCAAACAAAGAGUGAAAGUGGUCAGAAAAAGACACACAGCACUUUAAUAUCCUCAGUUUCUGCUUCUGUGACUAUCACAGCUUCCACGGGGCUCUUACCUCAACCUCUCGCCCUUUCCUGGGGGCAGAAGGCAGGAAAGGAAAGAUGGGACAUUUUUACAGAGCCAUGAAGUAAGUUUUUUUACUGGCACCUUUAGAUUGCAUGUCAGGUGUAAAAAUUACACUGUGUGCUUGAAAUACCUCAGGGCUUGCGUUUACAUAGUUUGUUUCUAGAUUUUAAUUUUUCUAUUUGUUGUAUUUAUUCAUAAGAGAAUGUUCCUUUUGAACCAGCCUAGAAGGGAGAAAGGUUGUCCCCAGAAAAAUAAAUUACAUCAAAUGCUCAGGAUCUCUUAAUUUUUGGCUUACUCAAACUAAUUCUUUUCUUACUCAAGAACUGCUUUUUGCUAACUAUACCCCCAUAGCAGCAGAUCUGGUGAUCACCACUUCAGAUUCCUGAUGCAGUUGUUCUAUACAUGAUGGGAAGAAGUUCAGUCAAACUACACAUUCCAGUAGACCAUUGCCUAAGAGGACUUGGAAUUUACAAGUCAUGGGGUCCUUGUUCUGCUGAAACACAGUGGAACAAAAUGAGAUUUCAGGAAAUAUGUGUAUUCUAGUGCACAUUUUUGUGUGGGAUGUGUCACCCUUUAUCUAUUACUUACUUUUUAUUUCAUAUUCCCCUAGGAAACUCAAACUCCCAUCAGUUUUCUUUAAGACUUGGGGUAGUGCUGCUCCUGCAAGUCUCUUGUUUAGUUGACAUAUCUUGCUGUCUUUUACAUGGAUUUCUCUUUUCCAAUCAUCCAACCAUGAGCUGUGGCACUGCACUAAGAGCUGGGCACAGCAGGCACAGCUGACUGAGCUGUGUCCAGGCUGAGCUUUAGGCUGGCAGGGACACAUGAGAUCAUACACCAGAAAAGAAUCAGGCUUGUGUCACUCUGUCACAGCUGAUUAGCAAUGGAUGUUAAUUAAAAACAGGGCCUGGGACCUCAUUCUGCAAGAACCAGUACAGGAAACAGGACCCUGAUCUGCUGCUUGCUCCUAAGACAGACUCAGCUGGGAGAAUGGCAGUGGCAGCAAAUCCAUGAAGGUCUCAAGCUGAAACUUAGCAAUCAGUUUAACACAGCAGCCAGCAAAGCAAUUUCCUGGCUCCCAGGUGUCCCUCAGACUGUCCCUACAAUGGUUGAUGAUAGGGUAGUGCCCAGCUGGGAUGUGUUGUCCCAAGGUAGUACUGGCAGAAAGAAGAAACUCUUGUGGAGUGUCAUUUUUGCCACUCAGGACAAGUCAGUUUUCCAGGAAAAUCAGUAAAAAUAGCACCACAGCCAGUGGUUCAGGUUCCAAGAUUGUUGCCCUACUGGGCUAGAAAUUGAUUGCAAAUACAAUAAUCUCCUUGUGUUACAUUCCCCCUCAUAAUGACAGUAUUCUAUUAAUUUUAAACACAUCUACACAUAAUUUGGUUUCAUUCCUCAAAUUCAUAGCACCAGAAUGUUAUGACAGGACCAGUUUAUCUCUUUAUUUAUUAUUUCUUGAGUAAGUUGGAAGAUGCCCACUCCUGCUUUGAGAUGCACUGGAUGCCAAGGCAGCUUGCAGAACCUGCUGUUGCUUCCCCAGCCCUCCACUCCCCCAGAACUACAAAACUACCCCAGUGCCUUAGGAAAAUGGGAAAAAGUGGUAGAAAAAAACCUAUAAAUUCAGACUCCAGCCACCAAACUUUCUGUGGAAGUGUUUUGGGUUGGUGAUUUGUUUUUUUCUUCCUCUAAAGAGGGCAUUAAUUUUCUGAGCAUUCCUGCAUAAGCUCUAGGGUUACUGUUAUUUAGGUCUAGGGGAUACUUGCACUGCAUACCAGGAACAGGACAAUACCUGUUACUGGUUUAGUUCUCUGAGUUAUUGGUAUAAAUUAAGGUGGAAAUCAAUGUUAUUCAUAUACUAGUGCCUUUAACAGAAUCCAGGGAUAAAGGUCUUUUGUAGUUUCCUGCUGUUGUGAGGUACUUAAUAUAAUUGCAGUUUCCUCUGCAUCUUAGUAAAUGAAGGUAUUUUUUGAGAGAGUUACUGCUGCAUAAGGCAGCAAAAAUACCCAUUUAUCCUGUCCUUUGUACCUGUGUCAGAGGAAAGUGACAAAAGAUCAUCUCCCUCCAGGUGACAGAAUUCUGAAAGUACAUCACACGUUUUCUUGUUCUCCUGUUAAACAGUUCGUUCUAAAAUAUAAAGAUAGAAGUUACUGAUGCCCUUACUGUGUCCCUAAACAUCCUUAUUCACAUUUCCCUUGUCUAAUUUUUCUAAGUAACUGAUUUCCAUGGGAGCUUCCUUUGUCACAGGGAAACCUCAACCAGUUUUGGUACCUCUCAGAGAUCACAGAGCAGCUAAUGAAGCUCAGCCCUGUGACAUCCCUACAAUGAAGAAUCUUGAUACUGAUAGUUUUAUAACAAAACAUGUUUCACGUGUCUUGAAAAAGAAAUUGAGUUGUCUUAAGCCCUCAAAUGCUGUAUUGUAAAGCCUUUGCAGGCUACGGAUUAACAGCAUCAGAGGUUGUUCAUAGAAAAUGUACAUAAAUAAAGCUUUUCAAUCUUUUUCCUCUCUAUUGGUGCUCCAGCCACGAGGUUCUCCAAAACACAAACCACUUCCAGGAUAAUGUGUAUGGUACAUAGCAUAAAUUCUGAUUUUGGACAGAACUGGCGUAUCGGUUCAUGCUGCCAAGUCUGUGGCAGAAUUACCUCUUGCUUUGAAAGAAAACAAACUUAACUCUGGCUGAAAGUAACUUUCACUUCCCUAUGAUGUGUUCCGAAGUGGCGUUUUAUCGGCUUUGUGUCUUGAAUUUGAAACAACUUCCUAAUAAAAAUAACCUGGAAUAAACGA